UGAUAAACUCCACCCCUGAAUGCAUAUCAAAAAGUGGACAACUCUUCUCCGGAACAAACACGUAUUUGUUCUUUAGCAAAAAGAAUUGCUUUCUGAUCAAAUUGCUUCCCUGUGCUGGACAAACAUAUUGCCAAAGAGAAAGAAAAAUGACAAGAACACCUGGAAGAAACCCUUGGAUUGACUCAUUCACCAGGUAUAUGGAUGAACAGGAAUACGGGGAGAAAUGGACAUUAAAUUUCAAUUACAAUCUCCAACCAUAUCUUGAAGGUGACCAAAAAGCAAAAGGUUGGAAGGUUUAUCAAACAUCAUCAUUUGGCAGGUUUGAAUGUCAUUGUUCAAAUUCAUGGUCCUCAGCCCACGUUGUUAUUUUGUUUCAUUACCGACUGAGAAGGAACCGUGGAUUAGUAUUGCUGCGCCUCUUCAAACAGAGCUGCCGAUACUGCGUGUACAAUGCGGAGCUAAAACCACAGGUUAACCACAACCAAAUGCAGAAUGUGUUUAAUCGGCUUAUUUUUAAAAUCCGUAAAAACUGUUAUCGGGAAACAGUGGAAGAGGUUGAAAGGGACCUGCGAUAUCGUAAGACUAAACCCCACGAGACAUCACUCUGCGAAGCCUGUCAUUUAGGUAUCUGCCGUAACAAAGUUGAUGUGGUUGACAACACUUCAUACCAGUGAAGAACACUGGAGUAGAGUUUCCACUUCGGGCACAAUCGGGAAAUUGCAGUUAAAAUGCAUUCUGAGUUCUACUGGUUAGGUUGUAGUUCAAGUUGCCAACAAAAGAAGCAUUGCAUAAUCACAACAUAAGUUCUUCCAAAAGCCAACACAAUUCAUCAGCGUAACAGAAGGUAACUGUUGAUUUUAUUUUAUUUCCAUUAAACUAUACUCCUUGAUGUAUUUGAGAAUGGUAACCUGGUGCAUUUUUUAAUACUGCUGCAAAUAGGUUAAUGACCAAAUAUAAGUAUUUUAAAUAGAAGUGCACCUGUGCAUAACCAAUAAUCAAUGAAAAUGACUUCAAACGGUUACACUGAACAAUUUGAUAAGCUUUAUUGAUUGACACUCAUUAGCUUCUUAGUAAAUUACAUACUUUUUGAUUUGCACCGAAGAAGAUAAGUGCACUCACCUGAAUCUUGCAAUUUUGAGCUGGGGACUGGCUGAUCCAGGUGAACUGAGUCUUAAAGCAAUGUAAAAAAUUAUGGAAAAUGAAAACAUAAGUGGAUUUGGGUGUAAUUCACUGACAUAAAACCAUAAGAAAUAGGAGAUGGAAUAGGCCAUUCGGCCAAUCAAGCCUGCUCUGCCAUUCUAUAAGAUCAUCUGAUUGUAGUCUUAAUUCCACUUUCCUGCCUGUUCCCCU